CUCUUCUCAGAGACUAGCUAGAGAAAAUGGUUUCGAAUGGAGAAGGUCCACCAAGGGGCAGCGCAGCAGCAGCUGCUAACUUGCGUAGGCGGAGAACAGGCGGCGGCGGCAGCGGUGCUCCUGCUGGAGGAGCUGCAUCCACAAUGCUACAGUUCUACACUGAUGACACUACAGGUCAUAAGCUAUCUCCCAACACUGUCCUUAUUAUGAGCGUGGGAUUCAUUGCUUUUGUUGCUUUGAUGCAUGUGUUUGGUAAGCUCUAUCUUGUUCGCAGCUGAUCACAACUGAGAUUUUAGCUCGUUUAAUAAUCUGAUUUGAUGAGAAAACACAAACUGUAUACUUUUAUUUCUCCAUGGAAAUCUUAAUAAAUUGCUUUUGAACUGCAAUGUUUAGGAAA